AUGCCGAUUACCGGGUCCUUAGGUCCUAUCAUCAGAGUGGCCCCAGAUCUUCUCCACGUCGAUGAUCCUGAGUUCUUCCGAGAGGUCCAUGGCCCUCAAGGAAAAUUUCUCAAGUCCGAAUACUUCUAUGGUACUGUAGGAGCGCCGAACGCUCUAUUGAGCAUUCGCGAUCCCCAUGAGCACAAGAUAAGACGUGCGAUCGUCAAUCCUCUCUUCUCGCAAAAAUCGGUCAACGCACUCGCAAGUAUGGUGCAAGACAAACUUGAACAAGCCAUGCACAUUGUAAGAAGGCGUCAUCUCGAAGGAAAACCAGUCGACAUCCAGAGGUUGUAUCGAUGCAUAUCGGCGGAUAUCAUCACAACCUCAAUGUUUGGAUACUCUCAGGAUCUCAUCCACUUCGGCGACGGUACUCACCCUCCCUUGUUGACCUGCCUGGACGGCUUCUUGUGUCAUGUCCACCUCAUGACACACUUUCCGUUCCUCGUAAAUCUUGCCCAAAAGCUUCCAGCUAUCAUAAGCAAGAGGAUACUCCCGGGAUAUGUUGAGUUCCGCAAAGACUGCGGUCAUUGGAUCGAAAAAAUCAUGGAGCGACGAGAGAAAGGGAGGUACACGGAUGACAACGACCGAACCGUCAUGUUCGACCUCUUACUUGAGUCCAAUAGUGAAAAGGAUUUCCAGCGUCUAAGUUUGGAGCAGCUCAUCGAUGAGGCUUUGAUUUUUAUCACCGCGGGAACUGACACAACAGCUUACGCACUCUCGUGUGCAACCUUUCGUAUUUUGCACACGCCCGGGGUGUUGGCCAAGCUUCAAGAGGAGCUAGGGCGAGUGCCUCUAGGUAAGGAAGGAAGGUUUGAGUGGAAGUAUGUUCAGAAUCUGCCUUAUAUGACAGCCGUCGUCAAAGAAACCCUUCGCAUCUCAACUCCUGCAAUAGGCCCGUUACCUAGGGUCGUACCUCCUGAGGGCGCCCGAGUUCAAGGCAAUCUCAUCCCCGGUGGUACAAUCAUCCUGAGCACUCUCAUAACCAUCCACGAAGAUCCACACCUUUUCGCCUCACCACAGCAAUUCCUCCCGGAGCGCUGGCUUGGCGACAAGGGCAUGGAGCUGGAAAGAUGGUUCGUGCCGUUUUCCAAAGGCUCGAGGCAAUGCGUUGGUAAAAAGUAUGUGCAUUCCAAAACAGAUCACAAUAAUGCAAGACCGACUGAUGUGUCCUGCGUUUUCAUCAGCCUUGCCUAUAUGGAGCUGUAUCUCACGCUUGCGAAUUUCUUCGGGAGGUUUGAGAUGGAACUAUUCGAGACUGAUGAAAAGAGCAUGGAAUGGCUAGAUCAUGGAGCUGCUUUGAACGCAUCGAGUGUCAAGGUCAGGGCAAAACCAUUGGUUAUUUAA